CUUUGUGCCUCUUGGGAGCCGACCUCUCACACCUCGCCAAGUGCGCGUUUGUGUGUUAAAUCCCCAUCCUGGCCUCAUCGCCCUUCUCUGCACCCGGCUCAUCAUCCCCGCGGCGUUCUACACUAUACCUACCUUACGUUCUGGAAGAGGAACGAGGCGCGCCAGCACACGGCAAGGAGCCACCAGCCCUGCCCAAGAAGUCCUGCAGCCUGCAAGCCGGCCGGCGUCUAACCACAACUGACGUCGAGCGAGUUCGGUUCGGCUUCUCAUCCGGUCCUCUCAGACACUUUGGUCUAGCCCGGAGGUUCACUGCGCAAUAAGCUCAGCCUCGCCCGAACCAGCGGUCAAGUUCAGAGUCACUCAGAUCUUAGACACGCCCUUUCGUGCUCACUCUCAGUCAUACAGGCCCUCGCCGAAUGCGGGGUAACGGCCCAACUGUUUGGACCAGAAAAACACAGCCCGGACAACGCAACUUGCUGAACAACACAAUACACACAACACCUCAUACCUCAGCAUUCAAGCACAAGCACACAACACACACCACCAUUCCACCUUGUCCGGCCACCUAGGCCCACUCGGCUCAUUGUCCGACCUCCCCGACCCUCCAUCCAACUGAUUGCUCGUGCUGGCCAACUCUCUCCUACCAUCACGCACUCCUGCUCUAGCCUCAGGGGUAAAUCCAGCUCGUCGGGAGGCAGACAAAAAAAAGCAAGAGAUUUCUUGGAGCCCAGUGGUUGAGUUGGGUAUCAUUCGAUUCGGAACCUCACUUGGCACCGCCUUGUGCUUGGUUGUCUUGCGUUGCCUCGAGUUCACUACCCCUGGCUAUCUUUCCUUAGCGUAUGUGCGCAUUGCCGUUUCCUUGACCUCUUCGCUCCUUACCUUGUCACUCCCCGGUAAGAUGGGAUCACAUUCACUACCCUCCGCGUCAGCGGCUGAUGCUGUUGCGAAGCUGGCAGCAGCGGAAGCUUUGAAAUCAACUGCCGCCUCUGCCGCCUCUGCCGCCUCUGCCCCUGGCAGUAGCACAGAAACAGCUUCAAGAACCGCACAAGGUGCGAGUGCAGCCGGGGACGCCGGUCCGGUCACUGCGGUGCCCUCCUCAGAUACCCCAUCGGUAGCGGUGGACCCAGAAGCUGAGGCGGAGGCCUACGAGCGUGCCAACGUUCACAACGUGUACGAGGCUAUUGCACCGCACUUUUCGGCCACGCGGUACAAGCCCUGGCCUGCCGUGGCCCAGUUCCUGCAUGCCCAGCAACCUGGAUACGUAGGUCUCGAUGUGGGCUGUGGCAAUGGCAAGUACCUGGGUGUCAACAAGAACGUCUUCAUGGUGGGCUCGGAUCGGAGUGCCAAUCUUGUUGCCCAUGCCAACGAGCGUGUGAAGGAGCUACAGAAAGCGCAGCAGCAGCAACCUCUGGCUGAAGUCGUCAGAGCCAGGAUAGGUGGCAGCAAGAAAGAGAAGAAGCAAAAACAAGAAGUACCUACAGGCGGCGAGCGUGAGUCAGAGGCUCCGAAUGCCGUCAUUGGGAAAGAAACCGGCAGUGAAGUGGCAGUGGCGAACGACGUGCUUGUGGCCGAUGGGCUAUCGCUGCCCUUCCGUGAAGGCCGAGCUGACUUUGCUAUCUGCAUCGCCGUCAUCCACCACAUGUCCACCCGGACUAGGCGCCAGGAGGCCAUUCGACAGCUCCUGAAAUGCGUCAGACCCGGCGGCCAAGUCAUGGUGUAUGUCUGGGCAUUGGAGCAGGGCGAAAGUCGUCGUGGAUGGGACGAGGGCGGAGAGCAGGAUCUGUUGGUCCCUUGGGUGCUGAAGAGUCAACAACCCAAACCCAAGAAGGAAAAGCAGCCCAAGGCUUCGAAGCAGAAGCAAAAGUGGCCGCAGCAGCAGCAGCAGCAGCAGCAGCAACAACAAACGCAUGAGCAGGCGAAUACGCCAAUGCAGCAGCAGAAUCAUGAUAGCACCGAGCCACAGGAAGCUAUCACUGCAAAAAAUGUUGGGGAAAAGGGGGCGACCCCAACAUCAUCAUCGAUAUUAUCACCGUCGUCCGUCCCCAAAGACGCUAGCAUGACGAUCGGCGGCGGCACGGGGGCGGGCGUAACCGAACCUGCAAGCGCAGCCGCAGCCGCGGUGGCAGGCCCUGAUGCCAAGACCGACACCGGGGAUGCCGCCGCCAACGCCGACGCAGUUUUCCAGCGCUACUACCACCUUUACCGUAACGGUGAGUUGGAAGAGGAUGUGUUGGCAGCGCGAGGCGCAGUCGUCAUGAGCGGAUAUGAGCGCGACAACUGGUGGGUUGUGGCUACCCACGCUACCAAUGACGAUACAUUGCAGGACUAGUCAUGUGUUUUGUCGACUCAGGACCGUCAAACAGAAUUAGAAUCACCGACUUGGAUUGUUAAAGGCAGUGAGCCGAUCUUCUUACCAAAGAAAGAAUAGACAUUAUGACUGCAUACCGCAUUACAUCCAUCCAUCCAUCCAACACCUCUUAGCCACUGUCGCCGACCCGGUGCCUGACGCUAUCGCUAGUGGUUCAAGUGAUUGGUUCAAACCUCGCACUUUUCCUCAAACCAAACCCUGAUCCUGCAGACAGACCUUUUACCCCUGCGUCAUGUCUCCCGUCUUUGUCUCCUUUGUUGUUUUAGUACUAUGUAUAGGUGAAUG